AUGUUGGACACUUCAAAUGAUACUGUAUUGUUGGAACAAAGUUGUAAAAAGUCAAAUUUUGUAUUUGUGACACCUACUCAAAGAAUUUUUACGGCAGGAACUCCUAGAAGAAAAUUAUUUCAUGAUAAUGUAACAGGAAGUUCAUUGUUUGAACGUAAUAGUUCAAUUGAUUUACUUAGAAACACUGGUAAAACGAGAGACAAAUUUAUUAGUCCGAUAAAGACUCCGUUAAAACGUUUAAAUGAUAGACAUUUUAAUAAAAGGCCUGGGGAGCUUUUACCACGAGGUUCUAAGAAUGUGUCUCCUCUAAACAUUAAAGGAGAAUAUUAUGAAUGCAAUUUCAAAGAAGGGGAGUUCAUAAUUCCAAAAGAUGAAUGGAAUAAUAUAUUUGAAGACGGAAAACUAAAUACAAAAAGGUAUACAUUAAACAUGAACUUGUUUCAAUUUGCUUAA